AUUAUACAAUAUGUCUCAUUCGGUUAUGGUAAUUGGUAUUAGGGUAAUACACUAUCCAGAUGUAUUAUAUGUGUGUCUAAAUGUGUGGGAAUUAAGCUUUUACUUUAACAUUUCGUCAGGCAUCUCCUCGGGCAGCCUCGCAUUCAGCUCAGCUGGAGGAAGGACGGAAGGCCCCAUUUGUUUUGAACUGCGAGCUGAAGUGGACGUUUUCUAGAAAACUUUUUUACCAGAACCUUUUUACACAUUAUUAUUAUUAAUAACAUUAUUAAUAUUAUUAAGAUGUCGUCGCCUCUCGCGAAGCCUCAGAUCAUCGCGCACAUCCAGAAGAGUUUGAACUACACGGUGUUCGACAGCAAGUGGAUCCCGAGGAGCGCCCGGUUCGUCUGUUUGGGGAACUUCGCCCGAGGAACCGGAGUGAUGCAGAUCUACGAGGUGCAGCACGGAGAGGCGGUGCUCGUCACGGAGGUGGAGAAACCUAAACCCAUAAAGUGUGGGACGUUCGGGGCCACCUCUCUGCAGCAGAGACACAUAGCGACUGGGGACUUUGACGGAAAUCUCAAUAUAUGGGACCUGGAGAUGCCCGACGUCUCGGUGUACACGGUCAAAGCCCACAAAGAGAUCGUGAACAGUAUCGACGGCGUCGGCGGCCUGGGGAUCGGCGACGGCGCCCCCGAGAUCGUCACCGGGAGCAGAGACGGGACUGUCAAAGUGUGGGAUUCCAGACAGAAGGAUUCGCCUGUCGCCAACAUGGAGCCCGGGGAAGGAGAAACCAAGAGGGACUGCUGGACCGUUGCUUUUGGCCACGCCUACAACGACCAGGACCGCUGUGUGUGCGCCGGCUACGACAACGGGGACAUCAAACUCUUUGACCUGCGGAACAUGUCCCUCCGGUGGGAGACCAACAUUAAAAACGGGGUCUGCUGUGUGGAGUUCGACCGGAGAGACAUCGACAUGAACAAGCUGGUGGCCACCUCCCUGGAGGGGAAGUUCCACGUGUUCGACAUGAGGACCCAGCACCCCACCAGCGGCUUCGCCUCCGUUUCAGAAAAGGCUCAUAAGUCGACCAUCUGGCAGGUGAAGCAUUUGCCCCAAAACAGAGACAUCUUCAUGACAGCAGGGGGCGCCGGUAACUUGCACCUGUGGAAAUACGAGUACCCGGCUCAGAGGAGCAAGGCGGACUCUGAUGGGACGGAGGAGGGCGUGGCCGGCUCCGUCAGCCUGCUGCAGAACGCCACCCUGUCCACGCAGCCCAUCGCCAGCCUGGACUGGAGCCCCGACAAGCAGGGCCUGUGCGUGUGCUCGGGCUUCGACCAGGCGGUCCGCGUGCUCAUCGUCACCAAGCUCAACACCGUGUGACGGCGUGGGGAGCGACCGGGAGGCAGGACCAGGGGGCGGAGACCAGGGGGCGGAGACUGGGAGGU